GCCGCCGGCCUUGACGCGCUCGAGAUUCUUCUGUACUGCCACGACGAUGCAGCGAAUACUGGGCACCACCGUUCGUAUUGCACGGCCUUUCCACUACCGUGCUCUCUACAUUCCACACCCCUUCUCGACGAGUGUUCGCCGUCUCGCUACACCCUCAUCCGAGUCACCGGAAGACCUCGCAAAAUUUGAAAAGUUCCAGAACACAACGGUAUUCAAGGCGUUGCGGGACAACCCCGAUGCAUACCGCGCUUUAAGUGAUUUCAUCGUCUUCAUUAAAAAACAAGGGCUUGACUACAGAACACCACCGUCCAAGGUGGCAAUGAUCAAGCUUGCCAUGAAUCCAGAAUUUAGGGCUGCCUUUCAAAAGGUCAAUGAGGAGUGCAUGAAGGUUGGCGUUGACUUUUCGUCCAAGGAAGUUCAACAAGAAAUCAUGGACGUCUUCGGAAAACCGCCCACAAGCGACGACUGAAGGGUACUACAUUGUUGGCCUGACCGUUGAGCACGCACUUCAGUCGGCUGCAUCGAGCUUCGCGGAGAGAAUUCAAGUACCCCCCCCCCCCCACAU